AUGCCGAGAUCGUGCUGCAGCCACCCAGGGGCCCUGCUGUUGGCCUUGCUGCUUCAGGCCUCUGUGGAAGUGAGUGGCUGGUGCCUGGAAAGCAGCCAGUGUCAGGACCUCACCACGGAAAGUAACCUGCUGGCGUGCAUCCGGGCCUGCAAGCCUGACCUCCUGGCCCAGACGCCUGUGCUCCCCCGCAGCGGCGACGAGCCCCCGCUGACCGAGAACCCGCGGAAGUAUGUCAUGGGCCACUUCCGCUGGGACCGGUUUGGCCCCCGGAAUGGCAGCGCGGGCCAGAAGCGCGAAGAAGAGGAGGUCGCCGUGGGCGAAGGCCAUGCCCUGCUGCCCGCGGGCGGCCGGGAGCUCCGCGGCGAUGGCAGCGAGCCCGGCCCCCGCGAGGGCAAGCGCUCCUAUUCCAUGGAGCACUUCCGCUGGGGCAAGCCUGUGGGCAAGAAGCGGCGCCCGGUGAAGGUGUACCCCAACGGCGCCGAGGACGAGUCGGCCGAGGCCUUCCCGCUCGAGUUCAAGAGAGAGCUGGCCGGGGAGCGGCCUGAGCCGGCGCUCGGCCCCGAGGGCGCGGCCGAGGGCAUGGCGGCCCUGGCCGACCUGGAGUACGGCCUGGUGGCGGAGGCCGAGGUGGCGGAGAAGAAGGACGACGGGCCCUACAAGAUGGAGCACUUCCGCUGGGGCAGCCCGCCCAAGGACAAGCGCUACGGCGGCUUCAUGACCUCCGAGAAGAGCCAGACCCCCCUGGUGACGCUGUUCAAAAACGCCAUCAUCAAGAACGCCCACAAGAAGGGCCAGUGAGGGCACCGCGGGGCCAGAGGCUUCUCUCCCCCCAGGAAGUCGACCCUAAGGCCCCCCCUCUCCUCGCCUGCCCUCCCGCCGCCUCCCGGCCUGGGUGUGCUCCUCGCUCAGGCCGUGACGGCCCGAUAGUCAGCCUCUUCAAGCUGACU